GAGAGUAGAGGGAUUUCUUAUUUCUGCUCUGGUAAAUCUGUCGCUCCAGUCAGUGAGGCAGCGAAGGGUGAGCCGCGCAUCAUUGACUGUGUCUGUGCUUCUUUUUGUUUUUUUUUAUUCGUCUAUUUAGUUAUGCAGUUUCACUGUGUAGUACACGAGCAAGACGGUGCGAUGCGAUAGUUCGCGAAUCCGUGAUCUCCUGCGUGCUCUCUCGCGCGUAAAUAUUUUUUGUCAUCAGCGUGUCGCGUUUUCUUAUCACCGUUGCUCUUCGUCGUUGCACCUGUCGUCGCACCCUGCGGCAUCACGAAAACCGAUUUCGUCAGUUACCUUUUCAUCCCUCCCUCCUCCUUGGUUUCUUUCUCGUCUAAAUGUGUAUUUCGUGUGCAAGCCGCGGCUCGCGAUUGUCAUUACGAUUUUUCGAAAAGUUGCACCGUGAUAAUAAAUGUGCAACUAUAUUCGCAACAUGUGUUCGUCGAUAUCGUACCGCAAUUUUCGUGUAAAUUCGCCGCGACCCGUUGUGUGUUUGCUGUCGUGUAUUCACAGGUCAUGAGGUAUCGGGAAAAAAAUUGUGGGACAAAAACCAGAACAUUGAUCGUAUCGCGAUAUCACGGCGGUUUGAACAAAACUAUUUGAUUUUAAAACUUUGUGUAACGUCCUCAUGAUCUCGCGCACGUAUCACGUGAUUAAAUUUUGAGCUUUUGCAACUUCGGUUUCGCUAUUGCAGUAUUAUUUAUAUUGUCACUUGUAUUAUUUUACACAAAACUUACAACAACUGUGUGACUCAACAAUUAAAAUCAACAAAUCGUCGUUCUCACACGUUGUGCGCGCAAGAGAAAAUUGUGUUUCGUCGAAAAGACGUUAUCUGACAAAAAUGUCAACAAAAUUGUAGGCUUAAAUGUAUAUUGCGUGUAUGUAUGUAUACGUUUGAAAAACCGCGCACGGCGAAACUCCCGUCUCCCAUGUAGCCGACGGCUGGCGAACCCGCACGUCUUUUCCAAUGGACUCGAUCAUGCUAGAGAACAGCAACAACGACAUAGGGGCGCAAUCGCAACAACUGCAUCAGCAGCAGCAGCAGCAGCAGCAACAGCAGCAGCAACAACAGCAGCAACAAUACGGAGAGGUGAAUCAACUUGGCGGCGUUUUCGUAAAUGGCAGACCUCUGCCGAACGCCGUGAGAUUGCGAAUAGUCGAGCUCGCGCAGCUCGGCAUCAGGCCCUGCGACAUUUCGCGACAGCUACGCGUCAGUCACGGAUGCGUGAGCAAAAUACUGGCCCGCUAUCACGAAACAGGUAGCAUAUUGCCGGGCGCGAUCGGAGGCAGCAAGCCGCGCGUGACCACUCCGAAAGUCGUCCAAUACAUCAAGCAGCUCAAAUCGAAGGACCCGGGCAUAUUCGCCUGGGAGAUCAGGGACCGGUUGCUGUCCGAUGGCGUCUGCGACAAGUACAACGUCCCGUCGGUGUCGAGUAUCUCGAGGAUACUGCGAAACAAGGUCGGCGCGACGACGGCGAUGCACCAUCCCUCACAUCAUUCGGCACACCAUCACCACCACCACCACCAUCAUCAUCAUCAUCUUUACGCGGCCGCAGCCGCGGCGGCCGGCGCGGCGGCCCUUUGUCCGGUGCCGUAUCCACCGACGCCUUACCAUCCGACGGCACCACCUUCCAUCACGCAUCAGCAUCAUCAAGGUGGACUGUCGUCGGCGAGUAAAUUGUCACCGCCGUCAUCUCCGGCGGUUUACACAACCGGCGGACAUCAGACAGCGACGAACAACGCUCUGCAGUGGCCGAGCUCUCACACAGUGCACGACAUCCUGGCCAACAGCUGUAACCUGAUACAAAACUCGUCGUCGUCCUCGUCGCCAACAUUGCCUCUGUGUCCCACGAUCAACAACACGCCCCAUCAUCAUCAUCAUCACAAUCGUCACGACAACUCGGCCGACAACAACGGCGCCAACAACAACAACAGCAAUAAUAACAACGAGUACAGAAGUUCGAGUUAUCUUCACCCGCAUCAUUCUCAUCUGUUACAUCAUCAUCAUCAACAGUAUUACAAUACGGCGCUGUGUCAUCGCCAUCAUUCGGACACCGUGACCACGGCCAGCAGCAUAUCCACACUGUCUGUACAGUCCAUUGUGUUACAGUCCUCGGGAACGACAAGUCAGCCAGCUAGUCCUUGUAAUUAAAUAAAAGGAAAAUACUUCACAUCGAAAUCUAUCUAGGAUAAAAGGUAAUCAAAUGAUCUAAUAACGAAUAGGUAGUGUUUCUUUUUUCGAUGCGUAAAUAAAAUUUUUUUAAAUAUAUUUUUACGUAGAGAGAUUUUAGAAUGCUGUUAAUACUACAUAUAUAUAUAUAUAGUAUAAGAAUUAAGAAUAUUUUCGCAUUGCGUAUGCUUUUGUGUUAAAUACAAGUAAAGGCUCUUUGUUUAUCAAUUGUUAUCAAAUAUAUCGCUACAUUAAUAAUAUAAGAAAAUGCUCACAGCAAAAUAAAUUUUAUAGUUUUCAUCUGUAACGAUCGUUUCGACGAUGAAACAACAUAAUACUCGUAAAGCAUUGUUAUUUAUAUAAAAAAACUUUUAUAUGUGCCUCAAAUGAUUGUAUAGAACAUUUAAUACGACUAUUCGUUCUAUUGUACG